AUGGUCGCUAAUCAUCGAUCAGAGCUAUGCCGAACUUCAGAAGACCUCACGCCGGAGGACAGAGACGCGGAACUGCUGCCGAUCUCCGUGCAGCAGCUCUACGUACUGAUCCGUCAAGGGAAAUCGGAGGAAGCCGAGUCUGUCCUGCAGGAAAUCUCGGUCAAAGAUAUCCCCGAGCUUUCGACCAAGAAGAUCGCCGAAAACAACGUCACCCUCAUCCGGGACACGGCCGCCAACCCCUUCAUCCUCUACAAGGCGCUGCACGAGACUCCAGUCUCUACCGGCAACGACCGACUCUUCGACUUUCAGAACAACAUAAUCAGCAGCAACUUUAACGCCGCCGACCUCCUGGUUCACAAGUAUGACGGCAUCAUCCGAUCGACAUCUAAAGCGCGCGCCCAAGCACCCUACCCCUCUACCGAAUCCAGCAUCAACCUCCUGUCGGUCUUUAACGCUGCCGCCCUCGCCCGCGGCCAGACGGGCGCCAAGGCUCUGAAAGCCAUUCUGCCCGCGCUGGAGCGACGUCCCAAGGACAUUGGACUGGUGCUAACCGCCGCUCAGCUCUACGUCAGCACUGGCAACACCACCGCCGCCAUCGCCACCCUCGAGAAAUCGCUGCACCUCCUCGACGAGUCGAUCUCGGAUCAGGACAAGGAAGUGCGCUUCAACCCAGGCCUCCUCGGCGUCCUCGUCUCCCUCUACAAGCUCGAGGGCCGCAAGGUGCAGAUCCGCACCGAGCUCGGCAAAGCCGCCGCCUACUGGCGCAGCCAGGCCGACGCGCCCUCCUCCCUCCUACGCGCCGCCGCCUCCUCGCUCCUCUACUCCUCGGACCCCGCGGACCUCGUCACCGCCAGCGACCUCUUCCAAUACCUGUACCAGAAGGACUCGUCCGACCGCUACGCCUCCGCCGGCUACGUCGCGUCCCAUGCCACCCUGGAUUACAACAAGGUCGCGUCGCACGUCGACCGCCUCCCCGCCGUCCCCGACCUAGUCUCAGGCAUCGACGUCUCAGCCCUCGAAGCCGCCGGCGUGUCACCUUCCUCCGCGACAGCCGCCGCCGCCGCCGCGACCAUCGCCAGCGCCCGGAAGCGUUCGGCCGCCGACAAGCAGCACCAGGGCCGCGUCACGAAGCGUGUGCGCAAAUCCCGUCUCCCCAAGGACUACGACCCCAGCAAGACGGCCGACCCGGAGCGCUGGCUCCCUUUGCGCGACCGAUCCUCCUACCGUCCUCGUGGCCGGAAGGGCAAGCAGCGCGCCGCCGAGCGAACCCAGGGCGGCGCGGUCACCGAGAAGACGGAGGAAGCUAACGCGUCGGCUAGUCAGCAGCGUAACCAAGGCGGCGGCGGCGGCGGAGCGUCGAAGAAGAACAAGAAGAAGGGCAAGCGGUAG